GGGAAAAGGUUUGAGACAGAGAUGCUCAAAAGUGAAAGGAGGAUAAAUUCUCAUCCUCUCUAAAAUCUGUGAGUCCCCUCUAUGAGCGACUCCCCUCCAAGCCGCCCCUCCCAGCACUCAUUUUUCGGAAGGAAUGGGCAGGACCUGAGCGGGGCGUCUGGAAAGCUGCUCAGUCUUUCUUUUAGUCAAGAUGGGUGAUAAGCCAGAUUUGUCUGAAGUGGAGAAGUUUGACAGAUCAAAACUGAAGAAAACUAAUACUGAAGAAAAAAAUACUCUCCCCUCCAAGGAAACUAUCCAACAGGAGAAAGAGUGUGUUCAAACAUCGUAAAAUGGGAGUUUCCUCCAAGAACAAAUUUCAACAUUGCCUGGAUGUCUUGGUUUUAAGCUUAUUUUUUGUAAACCUAUGCGCUUGUAGAGAUUUUAGGCAUGGUCUGAAAUCUUUCCAUCCAGAAUCCCUGGCUAAGAGGUCAAGUGGUAGCUAAUGUUCUCUUAGUUUUGUUUCUAAACUUUCCAUUGGUACAUAAAUUCCAGCUGGCUGAUGCUGUCAAUAAUCUCACCAUUAAUGACCUGUGUGUGUGUAGUCCUCGCAUCCCUAAGAGAUAAGCCGCUUUUAACUUCCUGCACUUGAUGUUUCCAUUGUUCCAUAAGCUUCAUGAUGUGGCAUGCAUUUGCCGAUGCUCACAGCUUAUUUUCACUUCUAAUGUAGUGAUAAAAUAAUAAAUAUAAUCAUUAUGUCGAGA